AGCACUCCACCAUGUGCUCCCGCCAGGACAAGGACCAGUGCCACACACAGGAGCGCUACACCCGCCAGAGCAGCGGCUGUCACAGCUCUGGAGGUGGUGGCUGUCACAGCUCUGGCGGCGGUGGUGGCUGUCACAGCUCCGGUGGCGGCGGUGGAUGUCAUAGUUCUGGUGGUGGCGGUGGCUGUCACAGCUCCGGUGGUGGUGGCUGUCACAGCUCUGGUGGCAGCGGUGGCUGUCACAGCUCUGGCAGCUCCAGCUGCCAUGGGAAGCCUCAGGUCCAGUACCACUACCAGCAGCAGCCGCAGCAGCAGCAGCAGCAGCAGAUCCACCAGCUGCCCUCGCAGAAGAUGAAGUGAUGGAGCAUGGACCAGCUCCCCACAGAGCUCUGCACUCCCCAGGGCACCC